GCAUGCAUUAAUUUCUAAGCGAUAGACCUGCCACUUCAUCAGCCCAAUGAAAACGGCAAGGGGAGGCUCCUCGCGCGAAACACUUCCACACCGUCUCCUCCCUGUUACAUUUUGCAGACAGGCAGUAAGGCGAAGUACUCGCGGGUAUUGUGAUAUUUGUGAAUUCUGCGGAUUCAUUUUGGCUCCCUCCCCGUUUUUGAUCAUUUUCUUCAACUUCCUCCAAAGAAAAUGCACUGAGCAUUGACCGUAUUGGGAGGAUACUUCUUCUCCAAAGCUUACCAUGGUGCAGGCACUUAGAAACAAGACAGUAUUGCACACUGAAGAAUCAACAAAUGGAUGGCCACAUCGAAAGAACACACCCUCUGUCCUUCCUGAAAGCACAACUUGCUGUGUGAUUGAUCCUCACUCCAUCAUGAGCCUGAAAGCUGAAAUCCAAAGUAGAGAGAAAUAAGUUUUCAUCAGAGGGAGUGUUGCAUUUCUUAGGAAAUAAUGGCAAAACGGUUGGAGGUGCUGACAGAUAUAUGGACUUCCUUAUUGCUCGUGUGGAUUAUGUGUGUUUCUCUUAUGUCCACGACACCCUUGGUCAACCAGUCAAAAAGUUUACAAACUGGAUCUGUCAUGGGCCUCCAUGGGCCUGGCGAAGGACAAAGACUCCUCAGUCGUGCCAAGAGGGGAUGGGUUUGGAAUCAAAUGUUUGUGCUGGAGGAGUUUUCUGGACCUGACCCAAUUCUAGUUGGCAGGCUUCACACGGAUUUAGACAUUGGUGGGAAAAACAUUAAGUAUGUCCUGGCUGGCGAGGGUGCGGGGACCAUCUUUGCCAUCAAUGAGAAGACGGGAGACAUCCACGCCAUGAAGAGACUGGACAGGGAAGAGAAGGCUGAAUAUACUCUCACAGCGCAAGUGAUCAACAGGGACACCAAUGAGCCUCUGGAGCCACCCUCAGAAUUCACUAUUAAAGUACAAGACAUCAAUGACAAUGCACCGGAGUUCAUUGGCGGCCCUUUCCAUGCAACAGUUCCGGAGAUGUCCCAAGUGGGAACAUUUGUUACAAAGGUGACGGCAACGGAUGCAGACGACCCAGUGUAUGGAAAUAGUGCCAAGCUAGUGUACAGCAUUUUGGAGGGGCAACCGUACUUCUCCAUCGAUGCCAACACUGCUGAUAUUAAAGUUGCAUUGCAUGCAAUGGAUCGAGAGAUGAGGGAGGAGUACCUUGUUGUCAUCCAAGCAAAGGACAUGGGUGGUCACAUGGGAGGGUUGUCGGGGACAACAACUAUCACAAUCACACUUACGGAUGUGAACGAUAAUCCACCGAAGUUUUCAAAAAAUCUGUAUGAGUUUGUUAUACCAGAGGACCUCAGCAUUGGAAAAGCAGGAGGGAAGGUGAAGGCAAAUGACAGGGAUAUAGGAGAGAAUGCCAGAUCAACAUACAGUAUCAUUGAUGGAGAUGAAAAGGAUGUUUUUGAGAUUACCACUGAUCCGCAGACGCAGGAGGGAAUCAUCCAGCUGAGGAAGCCCCUGGACUUUGAGAUGAAAAAAUCCUACACUCUGAAGGUGGAGGCUACCAACAUCCACUUCGAUCCUCAGUUCAGCAGCAGCGGUCCCUUCAGGGAUACUGCCACAGUGAAGAUAGCGGUGGAGGAUUCGGAUGAGCCCCCGGUGUUCUCGAAAUCAAGUUACCAGCUGCAGGUUCAUGAAAAUGAGUCCAUUGACACCGUCAUUGGGCAGGUAGCUGCCCGAGACCCAGAUUCAGCCACCAGCCUCAUCAGGUACUUCAUCGAUCGACACACAGACCUUGAGAGGCAGUUCAAUGUUGAUGUUGAUGAUGGGAGGAUAACUCUGGCCAAGCCACUUGAUAGGGAGACAGAUAUGUGGCACAACAUCACUGUGACAGCCACAGAAGUCAAGAAUCACAGCCAGAUCUCUCGAGCCAUUGUUGCCAUUCGAGUUUUGGACAUUAAUGACAAUGCCCCUGAAUUUGCCACAGAAUUUGAAGCUUUUCUUUGUGAAAACAGCAAACCUGGGCAGGUCAUACAGACCGUCAGUGCGGUUGAUAAGGAUGACCCAAAGAAUGGACAUUCCUUCAUCUACAGCUUAGUGCCAGAAAUGUUAAACAAUCCUAAUUUCACAAUAAAAAACAAUGGAGACAACUCUAUCAGUGUGCUGGCCAAGCACGACAUGUUCCGGCGACAAAGGCAGGAGAUGUACUACCUGCCCAUUGUUGUCAGGGACAAUGGAAACCCACCUAUGAGCAGCACCAACACCCUGACCAUCCGGGUGUGUGGCUGCAGCAAAGAUGGCAUCGUCCAGUCCUGCAACGUGGAAGCUUAUGUUCUGCCAAUUGGACUCAGCAUGGGAGCCUUAAUAGCUAUUCUUGCAUGUAUAAUCUUACUCUUAGUCAUUGUUGUCCUUUUCGUGACACUUCGGAAACACAAAAAUGAGCCUCUGAUAAUCAAAGACGAUGAGGACGUCCGAGAGAACAUCAUCCGCUACGAUGACGAGGGUGGUGGCGAGGAGGACACAGAGGCCUUCGACAUCGCCACACUGCAGAACCCUGAUGGCAUCAACGGCUUCCUUCCACGGAAAGACAUCAAGCCAGACCUGCAGUUCAUGCCAAGGCAAGGCCAGCACUCUGGCCCCAAUGGUGUGGAUGUGGAUGAGUUCAUCAACGUGCGGCUUCAUGAGGCGGACAACGACCCCACGGCACCCCCUUAUGACUCCAUACAGAUAUAUGGCUACGAAGGGCGGGGCUCUGUGGCUGGCUCAUUAAGCUCCCUGGAAACAUCAUCCUCAGAUUCAGACCAAAACUAUGACUACCUCAGAGAAUGGGGUCCACGUUUCAGAAGACUGGGGGAGCUCUAUUCAGUGGGUGAGAGCGACAAAGAGACUUGACCACAAAUCCACAGUGACCCUUUGUCAUUGCCCGCAUACUUACAUGUAAUGCUAGGGUUACCAGAUAUUAGAAACAGCUAUUAAAAAGGGGCCACCUUUUUAAAUUAGUACAGGAAAGCAUAGUGUUCAUCUACCAUAUCAAAAGCAUUGUAACGUUGAGCCAGACUAAACAAUGUCUAUAUUAUGAGGUCUAUGAUUCUUGUGGAAUGUGAAUUAGAUUUUGUUGAGUGUCUAGCAGUAUUUCGGGUAUUUUGUUGUUCACUGUGACCUCAAGAACAUUAAGACCUGGAUUCUUGAUAAUUGCUGGAAUAACUAAGUUUGAGAACACGAGGGACAUGGCACCAACCACUGAGACUGUGCAGGUCUGUGGAGGGCAUAGAAAAAAUGCCACUCUCUUGAGUAGUCUAGUUUUCAAAUUCAUGAACCAUCGCCUAGCCAAUGGGAGAGGAGGGGGUAACCAAUAGUAUUGGCUGAUUGAACGAAAAUAGCAAUAUACAGUCUUCAAUACAAUUGUGAAUGUACGUAUUAUUUUAAAAAUGACAAUAUUGGCUUUAAUAGGAAUUUGUUGAGAUAACAUUUGAUACCAGGUGACCACCUUUAUUAUAUAAACUGGAUGAGCCAACUGGCUUUCUUUAUACAACUUUAUAUUGAUGUGUUCCAAGUGCUGCUUGGAUAGUUUGCCUAUAGUGGAAAAAUGAUAAUUUGAGAUGAAGUGAGGCCAUUUUUUGCCUAAGCGAGUAUCAAAUACAAUUGUAUUCAAGAUGUGUUUUUUAACGAUAUGCAGUUCUGUCGCUAUAAUAUUUAGACCUAUGUUUUAUACUGUAACUUAUUUGUGCUACAGAUAUUCAAUGGGUGUAAUUUGCUUUCAUUUUUCUAGCGUUCUUUAGGCUAGUUAUUUGAUUUAAGAGAACUCAGAUGUUCAGAUAAUGCAGUUAAUAUGGUAAUUUGCAAACAUUAUCAAUUUUAAAUUCGUAAGAACUGCUAAACAGUAUACUUGAGAGCUAUAUUAACACGUACAUUGUACAUACACACAGUUACCAGUGAUCAUUGAAGCACAAUAACUUGGACAAAUAAGUUAAUGUGAAUAUUUGACCCCUGAACAUUCAAGUAGUUAUUUUUAACUACUUUAGGCUGCUUAACUUAACCAGUGGGAAAACAGAAAGACGUGCUUAUUGUGCUACACUGUAUAUUAGACAUGUACAUAGAAUUAUUGAUAAAGUUAUUAGCUUUUCUCUGAAGCAAACUGAGGUUUUGUCAAUGCCCAUUAGCUCUUGCACACGGGAAUCUGAAACAGCUUUUAAGCUGUGAGCAUACUCAGUUUGUACCAAUACAGUAUAUGCCAGUUGUCAGUAGACUUGACAGUAAAUCUGAAUUAGUCUUACAUGCAUAUCAUAUUUUCUACCGUGCUUUAAGGCUUAUAAUCUUGUAUGUUUAAUUAUUUACUCUAUGUAUUGUUAUCAAAGAUAUCCCUGUAUUGUUUCCUACUUUGUGAAAUAUAUUUUUAUAAAUACUU